GUGUCAUUUUUUUUCUUUUCAUUAGGUCUUCUCCAUUCCAUUACUCCUUAUCGCGAAAAACCCUCGUUUCUCAAAAUCAAUCGAUUGAUCGGCUUUUGGUUUAGGGUUUUAGCUCUCUAAAGUUUAAACCUUUCAUUUUUGUUUCUUCUUUAAUCCGAAGAAGAUCAUUACGCCGAUCGGUCAAUUGAACCUAUGGCGAUGUCUAUGAGACUCCCGGCGAUUGCGAGAGCGGCUACGGAAAUGGCUACGGCUCCGGCUGGACUGAGACGGCUGUUCUGUUCAAACGCUCCAAACUUUUCAUUUCUUUCUCCGAAGGCUGAAGCUGAUGCUCCGGCUCGUCCUCAGGCGGAACCCAGCACCAAUCUCUUCGUCUCCGGGCUUAGCAAGCGCACCACAUCUGAAGGACUUAGGACAGCUUUCGCUCAGUUUGGAGAAGUUGCUGAUGCUAAGGUUGUCACAGACAGAGUCUCAGGAUAUUCUAAAGGGUUUGGAUUUGUUCGAUAUAUGACCUUAGAAGAUUCUGCAAAAGGCAUAGCUGGAAUGGAUGGGAAGUUUCUUGACGGUUGGGUCAUAUUCGCAGAGUAUGCAAGACCUAGAGAGCAAUCGCCAUCAUAUCAACCUCAGAACAACAUGUCUCGUCCUCCAUAUGGUAACCGCUAUUGAAAAAGGCUUGCUUGUUCAUGAAUGCAUUGGAUCUCGAUGAAUCUUUUUAUUAUUUUUUGUGCUUUAUUCUAUUCUCUACUAUGUUACAACUGUUGUCUUUUAUAUCAUGUUAUUAACUUGAGAAUGUCGAAAACUUAAUAAUUAUUUUUUGUGUUAAAUGACAAAAAAAAAACCAGUGAGCAAUAU